GGUCUUGGAGGCGCCGCUGCUCCUCUGUAGGCCUCAUGGCUUUCAACUUCGGGGCAGCUGCCGGCGCUGCAGCCGCCCCAAAUCCUGCGGGAUUUGGUGGGCUUGAAACAGCAAACUCCACUGCCAGUGGGUUUAAUUUUGGGGGUUUCGGAUUAACUGCUAAUCCUGCAGUGAAUUUUAAUAUUGGGAAUUUUGGCGUCUCUACUACCUCGGCGCCACCAUUCAAUUUUGGUAACAGUCUGGCCAGCGCAGGGGCCUUUGGAGGUUUUGGAACGACAACCACCACAGGCGGAUCUACGUUUAGCUUCUCAGCUCCUACCAACACAGGUACCACUGGGCUAUUUGGUACCCAGAACAAAGGUUUCGGAUUUGGUACUGGCUUCGGGACAGCAGCAGGCGCUGGGACCGGCCUUGGGACAGGUUUGGGGUUUGGUGGCUUCAGCACCCAGCAGCAGCAACCAACACUGGGAAGCCUUUUCAGUCAGCCUGCCCAGGUUCCCACCCAAUCCAAUCAGCUGAUAAACACAGCGAGUGCCCUUUCUGCACCCACACUCUUGGGAGACGAGCGAGAUGCUACUUUGGCCAAGUGGAAUCAGUUGCAGGCAUUUUGGGGCACGGGAAAAGGAUAUUUCAACAAUAAUAUUGCCCCAGUGGAGUUCACACAAGAAAACCUGUUCUGCAGGUUUAAGGCUGUGGGCUACAGCUGCAUGUUCAGCAACAAGGAUGAAGAUGGCUUGGUAGCAUUGAUCUUCAAUAAAAAGGAAGUCGAGAUUCGGAGUCAGCAGCAGCAGCUUGUGGAAUCAUUGCACAAAAUCUUAGGUUCAAAUCAGACUCUCAGUGUCAAUGUUGAAGGUGUAAAGACGUUGCCAGAUGAUCAGACUGAAGUAGUCAUCUACGUUGUCGAGCGGUCACCAAAUGGGACCUCCAGGCGUGUCCCAGCUACUACUCUGUAUGCACAUUUUGAACAAGCAAACAUCAAAACCCAACUGCAGCAGCUUGGAGUUGCCGCCACUAUGACCAGAACAGAAUUCUCUCCAGCAGAGGUCAAACAGCUGCUACAGCAUCCUCCUGCAGGUGUUGAUCCUAUUAUUUGGGAGCAAGCCAAAGUGGAUAAUCCAGAUUCUGAGAAACUGAUUCCAGUGGCAAUGGUCGGCUUCAAAGAACUCUUGAGGAGGUUGAAGGUCGAAGACCAAAUGACAAAGCAGCAUCAAAGCAGAUUAGAUAUAAUAUCGGAAGACAUAAGUGAGCUUCAGAAAAACCAGACUACAACAAUGGCCAAAAUCGCUCAGUACAAGAGGAAACUCAUGGACCUUUCUCACAGAACGUUACAGGUAUUAAUCAAGCAAGAGAUCCAAAGGAAAAGUGGCUAUGCCAUCCAAGCCGAUGAGGAGCAGCUCCGCGUGCAGCUGGAUACCAUCCAGUGUGAACUCAAUGCACCUACGCAGUUUAAGGGUCGGUUGAAUGAGCUGAUGUCUCAGAUCCGAAUGCAGAAUCACUUUGGAGCUGUGAGAUCGGAAGAGAGGUACUACAUUGAUGCAGACCUCUUGCGGGAAAUCAAGCAGCAUUUGAAGCAGCAACAGGAAGGUUUGAGCCACCUGAUCAGCAUCAUAAAAGAUGACCUGGAAGAUAUAAAGCUGAUAGAAAAUGGAUUAAACGAAAGCAUCCCUAUCAGAGGAGGAGUUUUCAGUUGAUGGGUCCCUUCUCCAGAGGCCUGUGGAACAAGUUGCUUUCCUCUCCAUGACCAAAACUCACUAGGUGUUCUAUUUCAACCAACUUUAGUGUAGGUUCUGUGAGAGCUCCAGUACUAUUGGCGUUCUUUCCCAUUUUUCAACAAAAUAAAUUUAAAUUUAUGAAGGUGCAUUUGCUUUCACGAAGAAAGACAUUUAAACUCUUUAAAAGAUACUCUGUGAUUUAAACCUGAUUUUCUACAAUAUCAACUUGUUUGUUGGUUGGUUUAGAAAAAAAUACUUUCAGCGAUAAUGUUGAUAAGAAAUACUUUCCACUAUAGCAAACAGAACACAAAAUAACUGCUGUGUUUUGUGUUCAUUCUCUUUUGUCCAGUCUGCCUAGACAAACUGCUUAUAAAUAAACCUUUCAAACCAUGUUCUUUUUAGGGGAGACAAAUGGGUUGUCCGGUGUGCUUCUUCGGGGCAGGUUGUGGAAAAGAAGUACUGGUGAAAGGUGAACUUUGAGUAUCGGCACUAAAAGCCUAUAUUUUUAUAUCAUUUUGAUUCAUCUGAAUUUGCAACAUCGGUCUUCUAAGAGGUAAUAAAAUGAAAUGUUUACUUCCAAUAUCCUGCUGAAGGCGCUUUGUAAAGGCACAUUUGUUUAUAAAUAAUUGCAGAAGCUAA